AUGAAUAACAAUAACACGACCAUGACACCAUUCGAUGCUAUUCAACCAAGGCGACGCAUGGUCCAAAAUUAUACACUGCUCUGGUUAAAUGAGUGUACGGGAGAAGCAAAUGAAGAUUAUCAAAAUAUUUCGACACAAUUAAAAACCAUUACUGACAAUGUCAAUGUCUUUAAGCAACGAGAUUUAUGCAUCGAUUAUCUUACAGAUGCUCACGAGGACAUCAAGUCUUUUCUUGUUGUCAAGGAAACUAUGGCUCAACAAAUAAUGCCUCUCAUUAAUGAUAUUCCUCAGUUGCAUAGUAUUUAUAUCUUUAAUGAUACUAAUAUCCUAAAUGAAGAAUCGAUAAGAAAAUGGCAAAAAGUCAAGAGCGUUCAUACCAAUAUCGAUGACUUAUGUCAAGGAUUACAAUUAAGCAUUAAACAAUACCAUAAAGACUCGAUAGCCAUGAGUUUUAUCACAGCAAAGGAAAUGGCUUCAACUGAUAAUUUGAAUCAAUUGGAGCCAUCAUUUAUGUACACCCAAAUAUUCAAGGAUAUUCUUCUUGAUAUGGAAUAUGAUGCACAGACCAUCAAACAGUUCACAGCUUAUUGCCGACGUCUUGACAACGGAUCGCCAAAGAAUAUUGAUGAGUUUGAAAAAAAAUAUGAUGCUCAGUCAGCUAUUUGGUGGUACACUUCUCCGUCAUUUAUCUAUUCAAUGCUAAAUUAUGCUCUUCGUACUAUGGAAGGCGACACCAUUAUUAAUAUGGGUUUCUUUAUUCAUGAUCUUCACCAACAAAUCCUACAACUACACCAACAACAGGUCGAUACUUAUCAUGGCAAAUCAUUCAUAGUUUACCGCGGACAAGGUCUAUCCAAACCAAAUUUUGAAAAACUUCAAAAAACAAAAGGAGGUUUAAUGUCUUUCAACAACUUUCUAUCCACUAGUACGGAACAAUAUAUACCUCUCGGACUUGCCCGUAGUGCGUCAGAAAAUACGGACAUGGUCGGCAUUCUAUUUGUAAUGUCUGUUGAUCCCAGUGUAAAAUCAGCACCAUUUGCCUCCAUAAAGGAAAUAAGUUAUUUUAAGGACGAAGAAGAAAUUCUCUUCUCAAUGCAUACCGUCUUUCGAGUGGGUACAGUUGAAAAAAUGGAUAAUAAUAAUCAACUUUAUCAAGUUGAGUUACAAUUAACAUCGGAUGAUGAUCCACAACUACGAGUACUUACUGAUCGGAUACGAAAAGAAGCUGAUGGUGAUACUGGAUGGAAAAGAUUGGGUAACUUAUUGCUUAAAAUAGGUCAAUUUAAUAAAGCUGAAGAACUUUAUAACGUAUUACUUGAACAGACAUCUGAUGAGGAUGAAAAACAGCAUUAUUAUAAUCAGCUCGGAGGUGUUCAUUGGAAUCAAGGUGAUUAUGAAAAGGCUAUUUGGUAUUUCGAACAAAAACUUAAAAUUUGUCUAAAAACUCUUUCUUCAAAUCAUCCUCGAUUGGCUACUCCAUACAACAACAUCGGUAUUGCGUAUGACAAGAUGGGAGACUACUCAAAAGCACUUUCAUUUCACAAAAAAGCACUUGAAAUCUUUGAAAAAACUCUUCCUUCAAAUGAUCCUGUAUUAGCUACUUCAUACAACAACAUCGGUAGUGUGAAUACAAAGAUGGGAGAGUACUCGAAAGCACUUUCAUUUUACGAAAAAUCACUUAUAAUUCUGCAAAUAAUUCUUCCUUCAAAUCAUCCUGAUUUGGCUACUUCAUACAACAACAUUGCUGGUGUGUAUACAAAGAUGGGAGAGUACGCGAAAGCACUUUCAUUUUACGAAAAAGCACUUGAAAUCGCUGAAAAGACUCUUCCUUCAAAUCAUCCUGAUUUAGCUGCUUCAUACAACAACAUUGCCGGUGUGUGUGACCACAUGGGAGAAUACUCGAAAGCACUUUCAUUUCACAAAAAAGCAUUUGAAAUCUUUGAAAAAAUUCUUCCUCCAGAUCAUUCUUCAUUGACUACUUUGUACAACAACAUUGGUUUGGUGUAUAGUAACGUGGGAGAAUACUCGAAAGCACUUUCAUCACUCGAAAAAGCACUUGAAAUUCAAAAAAGAACUCUUCCUUCAAAUCAUCCUCAUUUGGUUGUUUCAUACGACAACAUUGGUACUGUGUAUAGAAAAAUGAAAGAGGACUCAAAAGCACUUUCAUUUUACGAAAAAGCACUUGAAAUCGCUGAAAAAACUCUUCCUUCAAAUCAUGCUUCACUGGCUACUUUAUACAACAACAUUGGUUUGGUGUAUAGCAACAUGGAAGAGUACUCGAAAGCGUUUUUAGUUUACGAAAAAACACUUGAAAUUCAAAAAAGAACUCUUUCUUCAAAUCAUCCUGAUUUGGCUGCUACAUACAACAACAUCGGUAUGGCGUAUUACAACACAGGAGAAUACUCGAAAGCACUUUCAUUUCUCAAAGAAGCACUUGAGAUCUUUGAAAAAACUCUUCCUUCAAAGCAUCCUUCACUGGCUACUUUAUACAUUAACCUCUCUAGUGUGUAUCGUAACAUGGGAGAGCACUCGAAAGCAAUUUCAUUUUUCGAAAAAGCACUUGAAAUUCUACAUAAAACUCCUCCUUCAAAUCGUUCUUUAUUAGCUACUUUAUAG